AUGGACGAUCCGAUUUAUAUCGAAAAGUUGAAACCAUUCCAGGAGGGUGUUCCUGAUGGUGAUCCCGAAAACAAUAAGAAACGUUACCUGGUCAAAGAUCCAAAAAAACACUCUUUUGAUUUAGAAAAGACUAUUAAACGCUUUGAGCAUUUACUUAACUUGAGUGGAUUAUUCAGGCACUUUAUUGAGAGGAAAGCCGCGAAAGAUGAGAAGUUCAACAAGGUUUUACAGAUUCUUGACGAUCCGUCGUCGCGCAAAGGUUCCAAAUCGCGCUCGCAUCAAGACAAGAGAAGGCGAAAGACGGAGACAGAGGAAGACGCCGAGCUUAUGAAGGAUGAAGAGGAUGAGGGAAGUGAAGAUAUUGAGUUUCAGUUCAGGGAGUCCCCGCCUUUCGUGAACGGUAAAUUGAGGCCAUAUCAAGUGCAAGGUGUGAACUGGCUGGUGGCGCUUCAUAGAAAUCAUCUUGCGGGAAUCUUAGCAGAUGAGAUGGGACUUGGUAAAACGCUCCAAACCAUCUCUUUUUUAGGGUAUCUGCGUUACAUUGAGAAGCAGCGGGGCCCUUUCCUUGUCAUUGCUCCAAAAUCCACUUUAACCAAUUGGUCAAGAGAAUUCGAUCGUUGGACACCUGAGGUAAAGGCAUUCAUUUUACAAGGGACUAAGGAGGAAAGAGCUGAGUUGAUAUCAGAUAGAUUGCUACCUUGCGACUUUGAUGUUGUCAUCGCCUCCUAUGAAGUCAUUAUCAGGGAAAAGUCCUCCUUCAAAAAGAUUGACUGGGAGUAUAUCGUUAUUGAUGAAGCGCAUAGAAUCAAGAAUGAGGAGUCAAUGCUUUCACAAGUUUUGCGAGAGUUUUACUCUCGAAACCGGCUGUUGAUCACAGGUACGCCUCUUCAAAACAAUCUACAUGAAUUAUGGGCUUUGCUAAACUUUCUCUUGCCUGAUAUUUUUGCCGAUUCUGAGGCUUUUGAUGACUGGUUUUCAGCCGAGACAAGCGAAGAAGACAAGGAGGUGAUUGUCAAGCAACUUCACACUAUUCUACAGCCAUUUUUGCUUCGCAGAAUAAAGAAUGAUGUAGAAAAGUCACUAUUGCCAAAAAAAGAGUUGAACUUGUAUGUUGGUAUGUCUUCAAUGCAAAGAAAAUGGUAUCGUCAAAUAUUAGAAAAAGAUAUUGAUGCUGUCAAUGGCUCUAAUGGUGUGAAAGAGUCAAAGACCAGACUUCUCAACAUCGUUAUGCAACUCAGAAAGUGCUGCAACCAUCCCUAUUUAUUCGAUGGGGCUGAGCCGGGGCCACCUUAUACCACAGAUGAGCAUUUAGUCUACAAUUCAGCCAAACUCAAAGUAUUAGACACAUUGCUCCAAAAAGUCAAGGCAGAAGGCUCUCGAGUGUUGAUUUUCAGUCAAAUGUCCAGAGUGCUUGAUAUUCUUGAGGAUUAUUGCUACUUCCGAGAUUACGCAUAUUGUAGAAUAGAUGGUUCGACGGCACAUGAAGACAGAAUCGAAGCAAUUGACCAAUACAAUGCUCCAGACUCCAAGAAGUUUAUUUUUCUUUUGACCACGCGUGCUGGUGGUUUAGGAAUUAAUCUGACUACCGCAGAUGUCGUGGUAUUGUAUGACUCUGAUUGGAAUCCCCAAGCGGAUUUGCAAGCAAUGGAUCGAGCCCAUAGAAUUGGUCAAAAGAAACAGGUUAAAGUUUUCAGGAUGGUAACCGAUAAUUCGGUAGAGGAAAAGAUUCUAGAAAGGGCUACUCAGAAGCUGAGAUUGGAUCAACUUGUUAUUCAGCAGGGAAGAAAUACGGGCGGCGUGAAAGAGGCGAAGAAAAACGAUAAUAAGGAUGCUUUGUUGUCUAUGAUUCAACACGGUGCCGCCGAUGUUUUCAACCAUCCCAGUGGCACUCCAAGCACGACAGGAACACCUCAACCUGUAAAUGACAACGAAAAAGGUGAUGCUAUUGAUCUUGACACGCUUUUAACUAUGUCGGAGGACAAGACUAAAUCUUUGUAUCGAAAAUACAACGCUCUAGGGUUGGAUGAUUUGCAAAAGUUCAAUCAGGAUUCAGCUUACGAAUGGGAUGGACAAGACUUUAAAAAAAAAGUGAAUAAGGACGUCAUAAGUCCUACAUGGAUACACCCUACCAAGAGAGAGCGCAAGGAGAAUUAUAACAUUGAUGGGUAUUAUAAAGAUGUUUUGAAUCCUGGAAGAUCUACUACACCUGCUCAGCCCAAAAUGCCAAGACCACAGCCUUUCAACAGCCACCAGCUUUUGUCACCGGAGCUCAAGAUUUUUUACGAGAAGGAAAGAAUGUGGAAUGCAAAGAAGUCGAGCUAUGUUCCAACUAUGGAAGAUGUCAAGACGACUUAUGGUGAAGUUGACAAUGAAGAGGAAAAGAAAACCAAAUUGCAACUUCUCAUAUUAGCUGUCGCCAAUGCACAGCCACUGACAGAAGAAGAAGAGAAGAGAAAGGCCGCCCUUGAGGCAGAAGGUUUUACGAAUUGGAACAAGCUUGACUUUAGAAAGUUUAUUACUGCAUGCGGCAAAUACGGAAGAAACUCUAUCAAAGCGAUCGCUUCCGAGUUCAUUCCCUUAAAAACCGAGGAAGAAGUACGCCAAUAUGCAAAAGCGUUUUGGGCCAACAUUCAAAGAGUCGAGGACUACGAAAAGUAUUUGAAAAGUAUCGAAGCAGAGGAGGAAAGAUUGAGACGUGUGAAGUUGCAACAAGAAGCUCUGCGGAGAAAGAUAUCUCAGUGCAGCAAUCCUCUUUUCGAUCUAACGCUAAAGCAUCCUCCUUCCAACAGCAACAAGAGGGUGUUUUCCGAAGAAGAAGACCGUUUCCUACUUAUCAUGCUUUUCAAGUACGGAAUCGACAGAGGGAAUGUUUAUGAGCUAAUCCGCGACGAAAUCAGAGAAUCUCCGCUAUUUGAGAUGGACUUUUUCUUUCAAAGCAGGACGCCAAAUGAAUUGAACAGGAGAGCCAUAACGCUUUUGCAAUGCUUGGAAAAAGAGUUCAAUAGCGGUCUAAUUCUGGACAAUGAAAUGAAAGAGCGACUAGCCGAGGAAGACCGAACGGCUGAAAAAAUGAAAGCGGAUGAAGCUUAUGUCAAAGAGGACGAAGAAGUCAACGGAACGAAGCAAGAGGAUCACCUUCAAGGCGCUGAUGCCACUGAAGCUAAUAACGGCAAGAGAACCUGGGACGAAGAAGUGAGCCAACCAAAUGAUAUUGCUGUGACCGAAGUAAACGGUGCAGAAAUCAAGAAGUUGAAAACUGACGCUUAA